UUUGGGAACAUGGAUUAGUAUUAUUCAAUAAUUCUUCAUUUCUAUUUGAAAACAUUUGCUGACAUAAAUAGUUUUUCUUUAAAUUCUCAGAUUUUAAGGUAACAAUACGAUUUCCUUAAAGGAUAAACUUGAGGGAAUAAUUGCAAUGUUGAACUUUGUUUACUCAUCUUUUAAACCGUAUGUGUGUAUAAAGCUGGACAUCGUCGUUCAGAUGCGCCAAUACCGUCAUUGGUCGAUUGGAGUGUCAGCGACGUGUGUUCUCUUCAAUGAUUGGUCAGCGCUUUUAAUUGGGCGGGCCCGAGCGCUGUGGUUGACGUUGUUGUUGUUUUAAGUGGCUAAAGAAUUACUUUGCCGUUGGUGGUCCGGUGUGGAUUUCUAACUCGAGUGGUCAUCGUGAAAAGUACAAAAAGUGAAUCUUUCAUGGACAUUGUUACGAAGACUGCAUCGAGGAGCUCAGAAGUCCUGGAAAACUAUUAUAACCGAUGAAAUGUUAUCUGCGAGGCCGCUUAAGGUGUGCCUGGCAGCGUAGCGUGGAGUAGAGAGCGGCUCCUCCUCCUCCUCCUCCUCCUCCUCCUCCUCCCACCACCUCCCUGGCUGCGGUGGCCAGGACUGUUAUCAGUGAACAGCUAGUCUGUCUAGUUGGGUUUAGUUUCCUCCGCUCCGAUGCUCCCCCAUCGCCCUGUCACUUCAUGAUCACAUGACCGUGGAUAUGGACACAGUCCUGUCCGAAUUUGUGCGUUCAACUGGAGCCGAACCGGGACUGGCAAGGGAUCUUCUGGAGGGUAAGAACUGGGACAUCACGGCGGCCCUCAGCGACUUCGAGCAGCUGAGACAGGUGCACGCCGGCAACCUGCCGUACUCCUUCGGCGAGGACAGGAAGUACCCGCCCCCGGCGGAGAAGGACAUGGCCCGGGUGGGCCGGCCCCUGCUGCAGCGGCAGGAGGAAGUGGUGCAAGCGCCUCCAAGCUCACUGCGGCCAUCUUGUCUCGCCGCCCCCCCAGCAGCGACGGAGAAGCGUCUGUCACGCGGCAUCUCCCACGCCAGCUCCACCAUCGUGUCGCUGGCGCGCUCGCACGUGUCCAGCACGGGCGCCACGGCCUGCGACCUGCUGGACAUGCCGCUGUGCACCUUCCAGCUGCCCGACCUCACGGUGUACCGCGACGACUUCCGGGGCUUCAUCGAGAGGGACCUCAUAGAGCAGUCCAUGAUGGUGGCGCUGGAGCAUGCCGGUCGUCUCAACUGGUGGACAAGGGUGGGCCCAAACUGCCAGAGUCUGUUACCGUUGGCAACCAGCGGGGAUGGGAAUUGCCUGCUACACGCCGCCUCUCUGGGGAUGUGGGGCUUCCACGACCGGGACCUGAUGCUCCGGAAGUCCCUGUACACGCUGAUGGACCACGGGCUGGAGCGGGAGGCGCUUCGCCGCCGCUGGAGGUGGCAGCAGACGCAGCAGAACAAAGAGUCUGGCCUGGUGUACACAGAGGAGGAGUGGCAGAAGGAGUGGAACGAGUUACUGAAGCUGGCGUCCAGCGAGCCCAGGAUACACUACAGCACUAAUGGCACCAAUGGGACGGAGUCUGCGGAGGAGCCGGUGUACGAGAGCCUGGAGGAGUGCCACGUGUUCGCCCUGGCCCACGUCCUCAAGAGGCCCAUCGUGGUGGUGGCCGACACCAUGCUCCGAGACUCUGGGGGAGAGGCGUUCGCCCCCAUCCCAUUCGGAGGAAUCUACCUUCCGCUGGAGGUGCCGGCUGCAAAGUGUCACAGAUCCCCGCUGGUGCUGGCCUAUGACCAGGCCCACUUCUCAGCCCUGGUGUCCAUGGAGCAGAAGGACGGCUCCAAAGAGCAGGGUAAAGUGGUGAUCCCUCUGACGGACUCAGAGCACAAAAUGCUGCCAGUGCACUUUGCUGUGGACCCCGGGAAGGCGUGGGAGUGGGGCAAGGAUGACACGGACAACGUCAUGCUGGCCAGGGUGGCACUCUCGCUAGAGGCCAAGCUCCAGAUGUUGCACAGCUACAUGACCGUCACGUGGCUGCCCCUGCCUUGUGAGCAGGCUCCCCUGGCCCAGCCCGAGUCCCCCACGGCCUCGGCGGGGGAAGACGCCCGCACGCCGCCCGACUCCGGGGAAUCAGACAAGGAGUCGGUCAGCAGCAGCUCCAACGGCAACGGGGAGAGCGUCGGCGUGGCGACUGUCAACGGGGGCGGGACGUCCUCCAAGAACCACUCGACGUCCUCGUCCAGCUCGUCCAGCAACGGAUCGGGCGCCGGCACCGCCAAGGACAAAGACAAGGACAAAGACAAGGACAAGAGCAAGAAGGACAAGGACAAGAAGCGGGCCGACUCGGUGGCCAACAAGCUGGGCAGCUUCGGCAAGAGCCUGGGCAGCAAGCUGAAGAAGAAUGUGGGCGGGCUGAUGGCCGGGAAGGGCACCGCCGGGGGCGGGGCCAAGCAGGAGGGCGGGGAGAAGAAGAAGGGGUCCCUGAAGGGGAGGAAGGGCAGCAAGGAGGGCUCUCCCUCGGCCCACGUCUCGGAGGACUCCGGGAAGGGCUCGCCGUCGUCGGGCAGCGAGCGUCUGGCGGGCACGGGCAGCAGCACCAGCAGCAGCGGCAGCGGCGGCAGCACCGAGUCGGACCCCUACAAGUACAGCGCCGACGUCAAGGUGAGCCUGGGCAUCCUGCGCGCCGCCAUGCAGGGCGAGAGGAAGUUCAUCUUCGCCGGCCUCCUCACCACGAGCAACCGCCACCCCUUCCAGGAGGAGAUGAUCCAGCGCUAUCUGGCCGACGCCCAGGACCGCUUCCGCUCCGAGCCGGAGGACGGGGACCGGAAGGGCGGGGCCAACGGCUCACCGCUGGCCAAGAAGGAGCCGGGCGGGGAGGCGGGCUACCGGCCGUACGAGCCCAAGGAGGAGCAGCAGCAGCAGCAGCCGGCGGAGGGCUUGGCGCUGUCCUACAGCCACCUGAAGCCCUCGCCGCUCAGCCCCAGCAUGUACUCUGGCGUGGUGCCCAUCCCCCGGGCCUGCCUCAUCCAGCAGCCCCCCGCCUCGCUGCCCCCGGCCUCGCUGCCCCCGGCACAGAGCCUCCACCCCCACGCCUACCUGGACACGCGCCGGCAGCUGGCCGGGGGCUCGCCCGCCUCCUCCUACCCCGGCCUGCCCUCCUACGCCACCCUCCCCCGCCACUGUCCCACCGCACAGCCCCCUCCCCAGCUGCACUACAUCCCCCCGCAAGGCCCCGCCUCCCUCAGCCCGUCCCGCCUCAUCCCCAGCUCCUACACCCCCACCUUCCCUCUGGAGCACCACCCUCCGGACUACCCGCUGUCCGAGCCCCCCGGUAGUGUCGGGGGCGGCAGCUACAGCAACGGCUUCCGGGACCUGCGGCCCGGCCUGGACUCUCGUGGCGGGCUGCCCCCGGUCAGACACUACUCACUGGGCAGCGCCGGCGCCCUGUCCUCCCUGUCCAGCACCUGCCGGACACAGGACUGCCCCUACUACGGCCACCCGGAGACGGGGAACUACUGCUCCUGCUGCUACCGCGAGGAGCUGAAGAGGAGGGAGACGGAGCCGGCCAUCCACCGCUUCUAAACCAACCUUCGUCCACGAAGUGGCCUUCAGAUUUCCCCCAGAAAGAGGCGGUGUUUGGAGGGGCGGGUGGCGCGGGAGAGCGGCUCUAGCAGCUCUGCCCCCACCCCCUUCCGGGUGUGGGUCUGCUCUUGUUGGGAGCUAGCAGACGAGACACCCCGGAGGACCGCCAGCGGUCGCUGGCCCUGGCAGACUCUAGGUUCAACCAACUGCACUUCUGUUAGGCUUGGCAGUGACUCUUAUGCGGGCGUUCUUGUGUGUGUGUGUGUGUGUGUGUGUGUGUGUGUGUGUGUUUGUGUUAGGGUUGGGCAAUUAUUUAUUUUUUUUCCUUUUUUUCCCCCUGUAAGCCACAAAACAUUGCGGUUUACGGUUCAACUGUCUGAAAAAAGCAACUCGUAUUAUGAAGCGUUAGCGCAUCUUAGAACUUCUGUUUCCAACGUGCCAUGAGAUGCUACAGUCUCUUCUGCCACAGGGUCGAAGCAAUCCUCUGCAAAUCACUCCCCAUUUUUGGCUCAUAGAUAAUUCAUUUAAACUGAAUUAUCUGGUAUAAUGCUUCUAGGACUGUUUGAUGAAUAGAUAUGGGAUUAAUUGCGACCUUCAAAACUUCAAAAACUUGUUAUCCAUAACAUUGUUUUAGUAGGUUAGGCUAGACCUUUACGGUGAAAGGAAUUAUUAAAUUAUAUUCUGCUGUCGGCUACCUGAAACUGGGUUACUUUGACAAGUAGUUUCCCCGGGACAUCCAACAUGUUGCCAGCCUAUAGAGUGGCGAAGUCACGCCCCUUCCGGUAGGGCUCAUGGGACCUAUGAGAUCGAAAAAUAUGAAUGGGUGUCAAUGGAGAGAAAAUAAUUAUUUUCUGGUCCCGGUCUUUAUAUGCCCUGGAUUACACAUAUGUUGUUUGUGGAUUUAAAGGAUAAUUUUUCAUGCAAAGAAUUCGACCGUUUAUUGUGCAAUUGUUCAGAUAAAGGCUGUAGAGAAAACACAACGAGAAAGACUACACGGCUCGUAAGUGACGUCACGCUCCCUGCGACUGGCGUGGAGAAGACCGACAAUCUUCCCAUCGGCAUAACUGAAACUCUGCACGUGCCCCGACUUAUAAUGGUUUUCACCUCUUUCGAUGCUUUUAUCCUCCCCUUGGAAAAAGCGGUGAAGUGGGGCAGAGAGAUCGCCAUCUCUGUGCCGAGUUCCAAGGGCGGGUGUGGUGACGUAUAUCAUAUGCGUCGAGAGCAGCGAAGAGCUGUAGUUCACAAAGCGGCCUCACAUAAAACCUAAAAUUAUCAAACUUCUUCACGAACAUUUUUAGUUUUCUUUGCAUGAAAAAUUAUCAUUUAAAUCCACAAACAACAUAUGUGUAAUCCAGGGCAUAUAAAGACUGGGACCAGAAAAUAAUUAUUUUCUCUCCAUUGACACCCAUUCAUUUUUUUCGAUCUCAUAGGUCCCAUGAGCCCUACCGGAAGGGGCGUGACUUCGCCACUCUAUAGAGCUCGUAAGUCCGCCCCUUCCGGGAGACCCUCAUGGGACCUCUGGGCUAGGAAAAUAUGAAUGGGUUUCAAUAGAGAGAAAGUAAUUAUUUUCUGGUCCCAGUCUUUAUAUUCCCUGGGUUACACGUAUGUUGUUUGUGGAUUUAAAUGAUAAUUUUUCAUGCAAAGAUGUUUGACCGUUUAUUGUGCAAUUGAUUAGUUAUAGGCAGUAGAGAAAACACAAUGAGAAAGACUAAACGUCUCGUAUGUGACGUCACGCUCCCUGCGACUGGCGUGGACAAGACCGACAAUCUCCCAAUCGGCAUAACUGAAAAUUCGACACAUGCCCUGACUUAUUAUGGUUUUCGCCUCUUCCGAUGCUGUUAUCCUCCCCUGGGAAAAAAGCAGUGAAAUGGAGCAGAGAGAUCGCCAUGUCUGUACCAGAGUGGUUGUGACGUCUAUCCUUCGCGUUGAGAGCAGCGGGGAGCUGUAGUUCACAAAGCGGCCUCACACAAAAAUUAUCAAACUUCUUCGCGAUUCUUUUAGUUUUCUUUGCAUGAAAAAUUAUAAUUUAAAUCCACAACCAACGUAUGUGUAAUCCAGGGCAUAUAAAGACUGGGACCAGAAAAGAAUUACUUUCUCCCCAUUGAAACCCAUUCAUAUUUUACGACCUCAGAGGUCCCAUGGGGGUCUACCGGAAGGGGCGGACUUACAAGCUUUUUUGAGAAGUGUUGUGUUUCCUGUUUUUUCCCUGUAUAACACCCCAACCAAUAUUCUGCAUGUAUGCCGAUAAUAGUUGGAGACAUGAUUUGACCUUCCUCAUUUGUGCUCAUCCAACCUCAGAAAUAAAUCUGCCAGCACUUUAUACCUUGCUUUCAUCAAUAUUUAUAUAGCCUAGGCUCAGUGCACAUAAGGUGGAGCAAAUGCUGGUAAUUCGAUCUGGCAUUCAAUUGAGAAUUUACGGUCAACAAACCGAAUUCAAUGUAUGCUAAUGGUCAAUCAUUAAUUCUGCCUUUAUUCUCUAACACAAGGAACAUGCCUCCAGCAAGUUUGUUUUGUGUGCUGAAGAAUUAAGGGAGUAGUUCAACCAUUAAUUUCCUUUAAUCUGAAUGUUCCAAAUUGAUUUCAGUCAUUCACAGGCGCUGCUAAUCGCUUUUCCUAGCUCACUCUGGCCCUUCAGCAUCAUAGGCUUGUUUCUUGUGCUCUAGGAAAUCUCACUGGUUGGUUGACAUCAGAUCAAAUUCUCUAGCCUCAAAUGAACGCAGCAGACACUCACUACGACCCCAGAUCUGUGUCAGAAAAUUUAAAGAAGUGUGAAAUCAUUAAACGCUUAUUAGAUUGACGUAUUUUAAGACGGUAUUGAUAUGGAGUGCAUUAUAUUUGUUAUAAACCGUGAUAAAGCGUUCCAUUGGAAAAUCGCCCAACCCUAGUGUGUAUGUUUGCGUGUGUGCGCGCGGUGGAGAGGCUACCGUGCCACUGUCUCCCCCUGGUGGUGUCUAUAAAUGACUGGUCCUCACAAUACUAAAUCUCUAACACACAGCAGAGAAAGCACAAAGAGGGAGAGAACACCUCUGCUUCAUAAGUGGGAAGAAUAAUAUUUGAUAUAUUUGAGUUGGUGAACUAAUGGGGUUUUAAAGAUGCAUCUAAAACUUCUUGUUUUAAAGUACUGUUAGAAAUUUCAUGCGUUUCCAUGGAUUUCCUGGAAACGCAUGCACCAGUCCGUUGUUUCCUCCCUUCCUUGAGUAACUUUUGUUAUUUGCUUAAAGAAAGUCCAUGUAAUGCUAUAAACUCUACAGGCCUGCUUUGGUGCUAACGUUUCGGGGAACUCAAACAGACUGGCAUUGGCAGGUUUAAACACCAAUAUUUUGUCGAUUACAUCUUUUAUUUUUUUGCAGCAUCUCCUUGAAAACAAGAAAGUAUAUAUUUAUUUAUUUUUUUCCAGUGACUAUGAACCAUCGGAGUAGUGUUUGGAACUGGGGUGUUUCAGAGGCAGUGUGGCUAACGAAGCCUGCAUGCGUGUUCCCCGGCCGGUUUAAAACGUAUGCAGCGAAGCUUCCCCCUCUCCUGGUUAGCACAGUGGUAUUUAGUUUGCUCACCACCUGAACGGACGAAUGCAUCGUUGCAAACCACAAACACAGUCGCGUGCUGUUGUGGGAGCUACCGCUCAUCGCUGCUGUCAUGCUUGCUUCCAAUAGCUUCUGUCGCAAUUCAUGCAUUGGUUCAGGAUUGUUUUAAGGGUUACAAGUCACGAGAAGCACAAUAUGUGAAUCUUUGAAUCCCUGGUCAGCAAUCUUAUCAGCCUGCGGUUUACUGCAGCGUUCAGGCAUUUUGAUGUAGUUUCAUCCAUUGGCCAAUCCAUCUCCCGGUGUAGUGUUGCAUGCAGCGUUGCAAAGUGGCGCAUGCAGUCGUCAUUGCAUGUCGAUUAUGAUGAUGAUAACGUGGUGAAAUGUUCUAGGAUACGACACAAGGUGUUGGAUGUUAGGACGCUCCCUCCAACCUACCUAUCCCCUCCCGGCCCAUGUCUGUGUGUAAUGAUCCAGAACUCCUACUGAUCUCAGACUCCUCUUAGGAAGACCCUAAGCCCGAAGCAUCGGAACCUCUUAAAACCAGUCACCUCUUUCUGCACAAAGUCAAGCACUUUCUCCCCUGGGCCUUGGACCAUGUCCUGUCCGCUCGGUUCUGGAGGGCCCUGGCUGUUGUCCUGACGCUUACAUCACAGCUCUCCUUGAUACUUUAAGGCUCUAGAUACUGCCAUCCAUAGGAGCAGGAGGGCAGAGACUCUGGGCCGGCUGCUAGUUUGCUUGUAUAGUAGCGCCAGUCGGUGUAGGGAGCAGGGGACCAGGGAAAGCCAGAUGCCUUUUUGCCGUGGCAGUGCUGGCAGCUGUUAACCGUCUUUUAGUGAGGGAUCGCAAGACAAAGGUUACAGUUCUGUCCUCUCUUUCUCUCUCUGUCUCUCCCAUUGGUCCUUGUAUCUUUCUCUCGCUCUUUGUCCUAUCUGCUCUUUGUCUCUCUCCCUCCAUGUCUCUUGCUUGGUGAGUUGUUGUGGAUGCCGUUGAAAAGAGCCCAUAUUCUACUCCUCAGUAAUCAUGUACGAGGCUUCCUUCAUCAUUUUCCUAUAACAAUAACAAAAUAUUACUAAGUCAUGUCAUGAAGACAACUGUUCAGAUAUUAACAAAAUGCUUUUUUCACCUUUCCUUCAAAUUGCUAAAUUGGGUACAAGUCAAAAGCACAAUUAAGUAUGCAAUUCACUGCCUUGCCCAAUAGAUGGCACUAUUGUUUUUCCAGUAUUUUGCGAAUUCGCAUUAGACUACAGAGAUUAGCCUACAUACAACUGAACGUUCUUCCCACUUUGUGGUUACUAGCUAAGUAUAUUUUGAAUAUUGCUGGUUUUAACGAUUACAUUUAGGCUCUGAGAAAUGUAAUACUAUCAUGUAGUAUUAUCACACAAUCCGAUUCCACCACUGUUUUAUACCCCUAUACAUGCGUGUGUGUUAAUGUGUGUAGUGAUGCGUGUGUUGUGGUGUUUUCAUGCAAUAAUGCCGGACGAAGAUAUUUGCUAACAGUUUUUUGUUUGACCUCAGCCACAGUUCCCAUUCGGGAAAACCCAUAACUGUGUGUUCUUUGCUCCCCUUCCCAAAAAUGUAUCAGCAAGGAAAUGAAAGCUUUACGAAGGAAAACGUCAAAUCAUGAACUGAAUGGACAGAAACGAGUUCUUUUUAUUAUCGAAGAGGGACAAAAUGAGCGGAGGAGUUGUAUAGAUAUGUUUGAGGUUUUAUUUUUGUAAGCCCAGUGAUCUCUUGUUUCCCAGAAGAAGAAUGUAUGUUAUCCACACUACGACGCUGACGGGCCGAGCUCUGGGAGUAACCUGUUUGAACCCAUGAAGACUUUAGGGGUCUCCUCAGAAGAACUGAGGAGCACUCAAGGUUUUCAAAACGGUUUCUUCCAACUAGCCUGACGAGAUACGAUUUGAGAAUAUAAGUAUAUAUUUAUAGGAAGUUUGUUCAAUUUUAUUUUUAUUUGUGGCGCGUUUAGUUGAGCUAACCUAGAAUGUUCUUUCUCACAUGGGUUACAGUCUGGCAGCCGGGCAUUUGGCUUCUCUUGAGUUCAGUUUGUUCCUACAACGACCAAUAUCUGUGCAAUGCUAAAAGAUGACGCUAACGAUAGGAGACGGGAUUGGUCGGGAGAUGGAACCUUCCGCCAUUUCUGGCCUGGCUUUCUCCCACAAAAUAAAAACACCGAAUUUUUUUUGUUUAGUUUCUAACAACUGACUUAAUAUUAUAUAUUUUUAUAUUGUACAUCGGUGUCAUUUAUUUUGUAACAUUCACACGAUACUUUGGUUGCAUGGAACUGAAACAGUUGCACGUAAAAGGCAAUUCAUUUAACCAAAUGUAUGCUUUUACUUUUAAAUUCAGUUGUCCCUUUUUUAAGUUUGAUGUAUUUUAUGAGGAGAGAUCGAAGGCUGCGUGACUGUGCAAUCUAGACAAGAAAGAACUGAUUUAUGUUAUUAUAAUAAUUAUUGAAUUUCUUUUUUGCACCGUUUGAAUAAAUUCUCAAUGUAUUUCAAAAAA